AUGAGUACUGAGACCGUGAAUGAACUCAAGAUGGAGCUCAGAGAAUCAGUUGGAGGCUUCAUAAACCGUGCAGAGUUUAUUUUCCGUGACAUCAAUAUCACUAAGGGUACUGAUAAAUUAGAUCAGUUAAUUAAUAAGGUUCUUUACAGAGAAAAUAAAUGGGUAGCGUUUUUAAGAGGUUUAGAAGAUUAUAAAGCAAGAAUGGAGAGAGAAGGUACUCAUCCAGAAUGGUCAGAAAUGUGCAAUAUCAUAAGAAAAGAUGACAAAGUCGAACCUGGAACAGAUCAACCAUUAAAGCUCAAUUCAUCGCAAAGUGAAUCGAACAAGUAUGGUUCUAUUCGGGAACAGACCAUCUAUCAAAGCACAAUUCAUCGCAAAGUGAAUAGAACACCUGAGACUAAGAAUUUUAAGAAGAGUGAAGGCAUAAAUGCUAUAAUUGCCAAGAAGAAGGACAUAGAUUCGCCCAGUGCCCUAAAGGUAAAGGAGGUAAAUCUCAAUAAUUUUAAUGUUGAAGCAGGCGAGCAAGAUUCUGGAAGUCUUGCUAUGUAUGUACGAGUAGGUAAUCAGUGGGUGCAUGCAUUAAUUGAUACUGGUUGUAAUAUUAGUUUAAUUAAUCCGAAGUAUACAAGAAAGAAAUUCAAGGGUAUUAAAACUUCUGCAAGAAUUAAAGUACCGGCUGGGAAAGAUGCGAAGGACUAUAAGGAGUACAUGUCAAAUUAG